AUGUCCCGGGCUCUUCGAGUCCCCAGCUCCGGAAAGGGCAGCAGAACCCUGCGCUCCUCUCCAAGCGCCCAUACAGCAACGGCCGAGUCAAGGGGCCCCAAGUUCCGGCAACGCAGCCCAGCAACCUCGGUCGGCGGCAUCUCAUCCACUGGCUCCGGCGUCAGGCCGAGGCCGGUCGGCUUCAGCGGCACCAUGACGCCUGUCAACUCGGGCCAGUCACCGACGGGGGCACCGACCAAUAUUGAGCUGACGCCAUGCGGACCAAUCAGGCAGCCGUUGCCCGGGCCCCCCGGGCCCCUCGGGACUAGAGCCAGUCUGCAGCGCGUCAGACGCAUCAAGGCGACUGCGGAAGAGACGGAGAGUACGACGGUCGCCGGAAUUGUGGAUGGAGUUGGGGGAUUCGAGGGAGCGAGUGGAGGUGUGGCGGCAGUGUUAGGCGGCGGUCUGAAUGGUGGGAUCACUUCUGGACACGGCAUGAGGCAGCAUUUCUCUGCCAACAUCCACAUGAUCCCGAUGGGAGCCGGCCUUCAACAGCAGGCCUUUAAGGCUCGAAAAUGA